UCAAAGCGUGACGGGCGGAAGCGUGUGGCUCGAGCGUUCACGCACUCCGUUCAGCAAACGUCCUCCGUCAGUCUAUGAGUUCACAAACUCAUGAAGUAACGACGUGUUUUGUCUUUUUAAAAACCAAACCAAAAAAAAGUUGUUUGUCAGAAAUGGGAGCCAAUAAUAGCACGCGCCGCGUGUCUCUCGAGCGAGACGAGAACGAUAACGUGACGGUUGUGAAGGGCAUCAGGUUUUCUUUCCCAGCUCUCUGAGGGUGUCAUAAAUCGCAUGAGAGAGUCAUCAGGCAUACAGCAGACGACACCACCCCCCGGACCUGCACCCGCAACCUCAACCCCACCCCCAGCCGAGCCUGUUGCGUCGCCCCCUACAGUGGACGAGACUGAACUAAGGAGGAAGAUCUCGGAGGAGCUGCAGAGACACCUGGAAGAGGAGCGAAGCAGGAACCGACGUGAACUCCAUCAGUGGCUGGAGAAGGAGAGAACCCAGUUGCAGGCCCAGGCCCAUGCAGACGCCCAGGUGCAGGGUAAGGAUUGGGUGAGCCGAGUCCUGCCCAGGGAGAGGGCCGCGCUCGACGACAGCAUCCACUACGCUGCUCUCCGGGAGAGAAUUAACGCUGACAACGAGAAGCUCAGAGUCCAGUCUAUGCAGUUGGAGGCGAGAGACCGAGCACUAAGGAAGCAGGAAGCUUUCUACCGAGAGCAAGUGGCUAAACUGGAAGAGCAGAGUGCCCAGGUCGCCAAGGUCACCAAUGAGAACUACCACAAAGCAAUGGACGAGGUGAACGCUAAAUUCAAGCGUUAUGAAGUCAGCGCUGUGUGUGCUGACCUACAGGACCAGAUUAUGAAGUGCUACCGGGAGAACGUGGGAAAGACUCUGCUCUGUUCCCGCCUGGCCUCCCUCUACCUGCAGUGUGUCAGCGAUGCUAAACAGAAACAGGCGAAUUCGGAGCGAUAACGGCGAGACGUGGACUCGGGGCAGCCUUGUUUGCAGUGUAGAGAAACAACUGUUAGUGGAAGGCCGUGCUGGAUACA